AUACCUUGGCGGCGCUUGCGCGCUGCGUACGUCAGUUUCGCCAACUCCAGCCGCGCGCCACCACAUAUCGCUCUUUUUUCUUUUUCGGACAUCGAAUCCGACGCCAGUGGCAGUUCGUAGACUACAAAAAGUUUUCCGCUACGUGUCGCGUUGUAACAUUUUUCGGUGCUUCCUACUGGAUAGUUUGAUGUGAUUUGCUAAAACUUUCGUGAAUUAUUUUAUGACGUUGCAAAAGUUCAAUAACGUUAAUGAGAAUUUGAAUAUUUUAUAGUUGUUGUACUUGCCGGCUAUAUUGGAUGUUACGCUCACUUGCACGACAUGAUUCGCCGGAUGUAUCGGUGUCGCGCGGUAGUGCUAUGACCUGAAGACUCAACACCAUGCGGGCGGGCUCUCGAGUGGCCAGCGACUAGCCACACGGCCUCAUUGCGCUUUGUGUUAUACUGAGAUGCGGCGGCAGGCUCGGAUCUCAGGCGGCGGCGCGCUUGUCGUGCGCACCGCCUCUGCCUUACAAGUUUGGCUGUGGUUGCUGAUAUUCAUAUUCCAGAACGAGUUUCGAAUAUCCCGGUCAAUUCAACCAGGUUAUUUGGAUUUUGACAACUUGCCCGAAACGAACUUCACGUGCACGGGCAAGGUUAUUGGCGGGUACUACGCGGACCUGGAGACCUCGUGCCAGAUGUUCCACGUGUGCACGGUGGGCCAGAACGAUGAGCCCAUGGACAUCAAGUUCCUUUGCCUCAAUGGCACUGUCUUUGAUCAGGAGACAAGAGUGUGUGAAAGAGUAGACGAAGUAGAUUGUACAAAGUCUGAAAAGUUCUACAGUUUAAAUUUAGAGUUAUAUGGUAGCACAGCGCCACCUAUCAUACAGCCAGACCAACAAAAACCUCAAGCACAACCAACUGAACAAUCACAACAACAUACCAAACCAAACCUAGAAGCUGACCCUUCAGUAGAUGAUAGUUCCACCACAACACAGGAUAAAACUCAGGAACACACUCCAGAUGCUACAGAUUCAACGGAAGACCCCAUCCAAGAUAUUCAACGUGAUGAGCCGAAAGUUCCACAACCCAACCCUACGCACCAGCCUUUACCAUUAUCAGAACAUGAUGAACUUACCGGAGGAGAGUACCAAGAAGAAGAUGAAGAUGCCGACUACGAAGAUUACGCUCAUCACCCAAGUACAACGACGACACUGCCAACAACGACAUCGACGACGACUACAACCACCACCACUACUACUACAACCACGACAACUACUGCCAGACCGCCUAUAACAACAAUAUUGCCUUCCACAUCCCACCCAUCUCCAAUACCUCACAUAAUUUCUUCGCCAACUCCCAUUCUGUCGUCACUAUCUCCUCCUUCGCCGUCAUAUCCACCUUCAGUACCAUCCGCUCCGUCAGCACCGUCCGGCUUGUCAGCUCCGUCUGCACCUUCUGCACCAUCUGGACCAUCUGCUCCCUCUAUACCAACACUUGACCCCUCCUUACUUUCACCACAAGAAUUUAUCUACCGUCAUCGGGGGCCAGGAUCUGAAGCUAUAUCAUUUCAACGUCAAAGCUUUCGACCCGCAGAUGGAGUUUAUAUAACACAUGCACCACCGCAACAAUUCGACCACUUUCAAUAUGAAUCGUCUCGAACUGCUCCGCGGCCAUCAGCGCAACGUCCCGCUCCCUUUGUACAACGACCUCAACCAGCUCCAUUUCGGCCCACCACACUAGAUCCUCGUGAUCAGUUGCUGCGUCCUGGACCAACUUCUCAAUCUUCCGAACGACAUGAAACAUCUGUUAAACAAAAUAGGCCACAAAACUAUCCUCAGUCUUUACCAGCGCAAAGACCCUUGCCAUUUAAUCCAUUCUACUAUGAUCGCAAACGAAGUGACGAUGUGGUUCCAGAAACAGCAUCUGCAUUAUCAGCCCGAUCUGUUGCUCCACCAAACGUAACAGACAAACCGCAAAUAAAGUUAAAAAGUCCUCCAAGAGUGAUUGUAACAGCAAGCGCAUCAGUCAGCGAUAGCAAUGGUAAAAGACUGAACUAUACAGUUGGCAACGUUGUCAGUGCAGUAAAACCCAUAGUUCCGAUUAAUUAUGACGACUACAAAGAAUCCGAUCUUAUAUUUGACCCAUUCUUUCUUGAUGUCCCAAAACUACAAAAGAGACGAAAAACUAGAUCUAAUAAAAAUAGAAACAUAUUUACGGUUCCGUCUACAGUAACAUUAGCGUCCGAUUUAUUACCUGAAAAAAUCACAGUCACGGUGUCGCCUAUGACAUCAAGAGCGACAACUACACGAAUAGCAGAGCACCAGGUAUCAGUAGCGACCACGACCGCCGUUUGGAACCCUAACGACUACGUCGAUGACAACUACGAACCCCAUGCCUACAUUCCACCGGUACCACCACUAGCUGUGUUAGUGCCACACGAGCUGAAUAAGUAUAAGAAACACGAUAGACUAUCUAAGAAUGAUUUAGGUGAAAAAAAGACUCACAAAGAUCACAAAACGAAUAUUGGUAAUAUCGAACAAUCCAAGCCGACGUCGGCGUCUGCGCUGCAGACAUACUCUAGUCAUGUGGCGGCCGCGGACAGGGCGCCCACUGCCGCCUCGCCGCCGCCUGCGCCGCUACUCGAGGCGCCCGCUCCUGCGCCCGCCUGCGCCACCUCGCGCUCUACUCACUGUCGGACUCGUGCCUAAUUAAAUUAGCUCACUUUAAACAAUAAAUAGAUAAAUACCUAGUUACAUAUUUAGAUAGGUAGAAAAUUUUAACAAUUUUUCAGGCGCACUAUUAAGUCAUCGAUCGUAAGAAUUUAUUUGUAAAAUAAAUAAAAUUGUGAAAAUACAAUCUUGAAAGUCUUGUGUCCUAUUAAGAAAAUCGUUUAUUAAGCUCCCUUCGAAUAGGUGCUAAGUUGAUUCUAGAAUCUAGAUAGUACCUCUGAUUGAAUCAGUGUACCCUAUAGUAUAUAAGUUUAAUUAAAAAAACCCUUAACAACCUUUCGAACUACUUCGUACAAUACAAUAUAAUUGUACAACAUAACGUACAUAGAUCUAUUAUAAUUUUAGACCGGUUCGGACGGAGCUUUAGUAUUUAUGUUUUCUAAUUAUUUUAAACAUUGUAAAUAUGUACCAGUUUCGAUAAAUUGAUAUAAUGUAUUUUUUAAAUUUGUCAUAUCAUUUUAUAAGUACCUACGGAUAUUUAUGAUGGAAACUUUGUAAAUAUCAUAAAA